CACUAUAAUUAUGCAUAAUUAUGGCCGUGUAGUUUAUAGCCAUGGUAACAAUGAUUUGACAACCAUCAUUUGAGAGAGUAUAAUUAUACAGUCAUUAGUCCUAGCACAUGACACAAAAACUUCCACAUUCUCUAGCCUUAACUUAACAAAAUGGCUACCAGUAACUACAGCAGUAACGUUAGAUCUAUUAGUUACAGUGACGCGGAGCAAAAUGGCUACACAUUCGUAGAUCCUCUACCAAAAAAGUACAUUUGUGGAAUAUGUAAUACCUUAUUGAGGGAACCUCACGUCACAGAAUGUUGCGGCCAACAUUUCUGCGAAGAUUGCCUCAAGAAAUCUGCUUCACAGAAUACAAUACAACAACAGAACGAUUCUUUGGGGCUAACCGAGGAUCGAUUUUUGGGACCCCAAACUUCGGAUUGUCCACAUUGUGGACAAAACAACUUCCACCAUAUCAGAUAUUUGCUCUUUAAACGAGAAAUCGACAGCAUGAAAGUUCAUUGCCUUCAAAGACCUAUUGGCUGCAACAUGCAAGUAGCUUAUAGUAACAGAGAAGAUCACAACAAAAUCUGCCGAUAUACACAAGUUUUCUGUACGAACGAGUGUGGUAAAACUAUCUUCAAGAAAUACUUAAGCUUUCACAUUCAAAAUGAAUGUAUGUUGAGAACAGCUACAUGCAAAUCAUGUGACAAGAUCGGAACGUAUAAAGAAAUCGAAAGUUUUCAACAUCACUUCAUCUGUCCAGGAGUUAUCCUAAAGUGUCCUAAUUCUUGCGGAGCUCAGAUUGAGCGCAAAGCAGCAAAGUCUCAUGAUUUGGUUUGCCCAGAAGCGACGGUGGACUGCCAAUUUGCUGAAGCAGGUUGUGAAAUCAAGCCAAAGCGCAAAGAUCUUGAGAGCCACUCUGAUGCCAACAUGAAGCAACAUCUAUCUCAACUAAUGACAGCACACGUGAACAUUAAGCAAGAAUUUCAAGCUUUUAAAGAAAGUCACGGAAAGAAAAAUCAACCUGCCACCCCUGCUUCUUCGCAAAAAUGUAGUACUGGUUGGCCAUUCAAGUAAUAUUAAUCUCUUAUUUGGUCGUCGUUCAGCUCAUUACAUCAAAAUAGUUUAGUGGAUUAGAUAAUCAAUUACUGUUUGUGGUAGUGAUUAGUGUAUAAAUUGUAUGUAGUCUGUCAAUAGUCGUCAAUAUUCUUUGAUUUGAAAAAAUGGUUGAUGCUAUAAUUACCAUAUACAUGCAUGUGUAUACCACUAAUUAUAUUUUAUUAUAACAUACACUCCCCACUAUAGCUGAUCAAACAAUUCAAAGGUAUAUUCAUAGAGUGUUGGCAUAUCCCUGGUGUUUAGCUAUAGCUAUAGCUGGAAUAGACACACCGGGCACACACACAGUCAUGCAGCUUUACCGUAUCCCUCGUACGGCUACGCCUCGAGGCAUAAUAACUUUGCCAAUUGCUCCGGGCAUGACGUGUCUUUAGCGUUGCCUGGCAAUAUAGUUUGCAUUAUAUAUAGAAUUCGAUUAGAGCUGGACAGUUCGCUAUAUAGCGCUAGAGCAGGCUGACAUAAUUAUAGCUAGAUUAGUUUUAUGGUUGUCUGGGAGGCCAGAGGGUGCUCAAACAAGUGGCAUCAUUCACACCAUGCACUGCAUGGUAUUUGCAACAACUGGAGGCACGGGCAAGGGCACCUUCUAUAAAAGAUUAGCCCAUCUCAUCGCCACAAAAAAAUUUUAACUACAGCUCAACUUUGGCAUAUUCACUAUAUAUAGCAUUUUGGCUGCUUAGAUCAAUUAGAGGGAGCCGUUCUAUACUUUCAAUCAUAUGCUAGCAUUGAAGUAGCGUUGCUAAAAGCCGCCUCACAACAUAACUAAAACUGCCGCUCAUUAUUUUUCUACUUGUACACAUGCAUGUUUGAGAGACAUGCGGUAAAGUCAUUGAAAAGACUUUAUUUUACUUUAAAAGAGUACAGUAUCACUGUUAGUAAACUACGCUCGGUCAUUGCAAAUAUACCCACGCAGUCCUCUCCUAAAUAUUUUAACUAUAUAAAGCAUGUAUACAUACAUACCACAUGAUUACGAGCUGCACAAACUGACCAUUCACAAAAUACUUGAGACUAAUUGUUCAACCACAGCUAAAAGCUGAAAGCCUAGUGCUUACGCUAGCUUAGAAUUUAUAAUUAGAAUGGCUAGUCAGAAUGAACCAGAGUUCGUAGAUAAGCUAACAGACGACAACAUUUGCUGUAUCUGCACUAACUUACUCAACAGCCCAAUGUUGACCGAUUGUUGUGGACAGCACUUCUGUGAGGAGUGUCUACAAAACUGGUUACAGAGACACGGACAGAGGACGUGCCCUCACUGUCGAGCACAAGGUUUCAACUACAUCAAGAGUCUUCCUAUGGAACGAGCCAUCGAUAGCUUGAAGAUCUAUUGUCCUAAUAGCUCCAAGGGGUGUGACAAAAUCCCUACACUGGGUGAAUGCAAUCAGCAUCUCGAGAAAUGCUUGUUUGUGGAGAUAUCAUGCACUAAGAAGUGUGGAGAAAGAAUGUUUCGAAAGGAGCUUCUAGAUCACGAGGACAAUAAGUGCCCAAACCGUCUGAUACAAUGCCAGUAUUGCACACUAGAGGGGAUGCACAAAGAAAUCACUGCCAAAAAUCAUAUAGACGAAUGUAUUUUUUUUCUUAUUUCUUGCCCCAACAAUUGUGGGCAUAAGAAAGUACAGCGCAAGAACUUAGCAAUUCACCAGGACGAGUGCCCUCUUGAACCAGUAGAGUGUCUAUUUUCUGGAGUUGGGUGUACGGAAAUGAUUCCACGAAAAGAUAUGGCAGCACAUAAAGCCUCAAACACAGAGCACCACCUGGAGCUAGUGAUGACAGAGACUGUUACGCUUAAGCAUAAGGCAAACCGAUUUGAGCAAAAGGCUAACAAGUUAGAGCAGGAGGCAAAUCAUGAAAAACAUCAGCUACAGCAACUCUCACUCAAGUUUGGUGGCCUAGCAUCUUGUGUAACUAACCAACUAAGCACCAUUGAUUCUAACCCUCGAAAUACACAAGCAGCAAUCAAGAACAUCAAAAGCUCUCUAGAGACAAUGACCACAAUGCUAGCACCAGGUGACACACGAUACUACCUAUCACUAGUUGAAGUGUCACAGCAUAGAGCUCGGUCAGCUUCGUUCUACAUCAAACCUGGCUAUAAAAUGUAUGUGAGCAUUGAUAGUCACGAUAAUUGCACGAUAUACUUGGAGAAAGGUGAACACGAUCACAUACUUAAGUGGCCCAUGCCUGAAAUGGAAAUGGAACUCAGUAUUACAGAGAAUAGUAUUAUAAUCCUGUAUGAUGAAACGAUCUGCACCAGAUGUGGCUACACAGUGAACCGACUAGAGGGGGACAGAACACAACAACCUAUCAACUAUCCACGGGCACGUUGCUGGCAUACUAGGCUAGGGGUUCUGAGAGACUUUGUAUUCCUAACAGUGAGAAACCACAAUGACUACCAGAACCUUGCACGAAAAAUACCGAUUUGAAAAAUACUGUGACUGAUCCUGAUGGCAGACUUGGGGUCCUGUGAGGAGGGAGGAUUACCAAGAUUGAGACAAGACACAACUCUAGCACAAUCGACAAACUAACUUUUGUGUGCAAAUCUCCCUUUUUACUCUUAGCAAAUAAUUAUGGUAUGACAAAUGUAAUCCCAUUUCUGUGCAUGUGUAUAGUCUCGCAACAGUGUAGGGUGUGUAUAUGUGGAGUUGUCCCAGUGGAAUUAAUUCAUGACGUUAUAAGGGUGUGGUUUUAUGGUAUGAGCGCGUUUACGAUGAUGUUUUACAAAAUAAUCUACAAUGUGAUUGGCGGCGCCAAUAUCCUGGCGCAGGGGACAACUCCACCUUCUUCGUGUGAAUGGGCGUAUAGACUAUUCUGUGUGCUAUAAUAUAUUGCUCGAUCCUUGUUUGGUAUCUUUCUCACAUACAUGCAUACAAUAAUUAUAUCAUUUCUCUAGCUAUAUUUAAUAGACAUUUAAUUUACUGUCGCUAUAGACACGCCCAUAUGCAAUCAUUCUUUACCAGGCCUAGGUUAGCCUCUUCGCAGGCUGCUCUCCUUUUUCUGUUCUUUGUCACAGCAGAAUUGAAGAAACAAAGAAAAGAAGCGACAAAGAAAAAGGAGAGCCGAGCAGCCUGCGAAAGAGGCUAACCUAGGCCUGGUAAAGAAUGAUUGCAUAUGGGCGAGAGCACAUCGCAAUAAUUCUCCUCCCACACAGUACUUGGAGCGCAUUUACCAGGGUAUAAUCAUGAUACAAGAAAAUAGGGAUUGGAAACGGAGUGGUGCACGUGAUGCUUUUACAUAUUUGGAGUGAAGCCUCGAAAACUAUCCGCUUUUUGUCUUAUAACGAGGUUUUUUCCGGGUAACUCGCUCUGGGCUUUACCGUGCAAUCUAUGAAAUGUUUGCACUCCAGAAUUUUUUGAAAAUUUUGUCAAACGCGCAACAAAAAAAUACUGAGUACCUACACAUAAGUAUAAUGUUAAUGAAUUGAAUUCGACACAGUCAUUUAGGAGAGGGAAACAGAAGUUUACGUGUGGCUUGACUAGAAGCAACUACAUGUAGACCUAUAUACAAUGUAUAGUUUUUGCAUUUCUGCACCAAGCUACAAGGCCAUGUGGCUGCAAGAUUGCAAGAAAGAUGUCAGGCAUUCAUAAUGAUAGUCAUAUAAUGAUAUUCGUUUGUUGGAGUGGCCUUAGUCUAGACAAGCGAAAACCUUACAUACAGAACCCAAUCAGCUGAUCAAAAAAUCAAAUAAUAACUUACGCUGUGGAUUGGUGGCCACCAUAGAACUGUAUAGGUUCCCAUGCUGUCCAUCAAGGUACCACCACCAUCGAUAAUAUCAGUCCAAUGAACGGUGAGGUAUAUAGUUGCACAGACUGCUUGUGUUUUGAACAAUGACGUUUCCUUUUUUGAUUUGAGUUAACUUGGGUAAUAAGCCUCCCUAUAUUAGCACUAAGAGGGAGAAUGAGCAACAACUAUACGCUUCAGCACGUAUGAUACGCAGGUUAGGCAGAAUAAUCUCACUGCAUAUGGUAUCCGGGAUAUCAAGAAAUCAAACAGCUCCGGAAACUCGCUCCAAACAAUAAAAUCAUCACUAUUGAGUUGUCUUGAAGCGUUAAAGUCUCUUAGAACACUUCCACGAAUAUAUGAAUGCAGCUUCAGAAUCUCUCUCAGAGGUUGUCAAGGACCUCAUCAACUGAUGAUCCAUAUUCAAUCUGAUGCCCAAUGCACAUUUAACCGUAAAGCAGGUAUAUUUCGACGGUAUAAAAAGUUUCGCAGAAUGACUGUUUUUGCGGAUUUAAUUUUUAUAGAAUAGCAACCUUUUUGAGCAUGCAUGCAUGCAACAUUAAAUUCGUGGGUAGCUAUCGUAUAUAGCGUGUAAUUUUCGUGGGGCAAGAUAUUCGUGGUUUUCGUGGUUGGAGGUUUGACCACGAAUAUUUACCCACGAAUGAAGCGACCUUGCCUACCUUUACUAAUCCAAGCAGCAACGACGAAAAUAUUACCCACGAAAUGUCUCAAUAUUGCUGAACCACGAAUAUUUUGUCCCCUGAAAAUUACCCGCUAUAUGGUAUAUACAAUAAAUGUUCCCAGUACAUGCUUAUCAGCGAAAACCGCAAACAUUUUUACCCUCGAAAUAUACCCACCAUGCAUGUAUACGAUAGAUAGAUCUACUCUAUCUGGCGAUAAAGCUGAUCGAAUAUUCACAACAAAAAAUUAACCACGGUGCAUAAAUUGAAUCAAUAAUUUUUUUUAUAGUUAUGCCAGAUCUCACCAUGCAUGUUUUAUAGUACAGUUGAGUUACGCUUCUCUAAUACCAGAUACCACUGCAGAAGACAUCAGACUGAACAAAGAGUUGUAACCAUUUUUUACCAACUUUUGCUGUUGCUUGGUCUCUUUAAUGGCGAAUUUUUCACACAUGCAUUUAGCAGGUUAGCUUCCCUAUAAUGCAAGCCAAAGGAUAAUUAUUACGUAUAGAGAGGAGGUUGAAAGAAGUUGAGAUCACGUGCAAAAUAUCAAUUAAAGGGGUUGUUAUAAAACAGGGAAUGAGAAAUGAGGAAAUGAGAAAUAAGAAAUGAGGAAAUGAAGAAAUAAGAAAUAGGAAAUGAGGAAAUGAAGAAAUAAGAAAUAGAAUAAUAUUUAUGCAUGGUUACGAUCAUCACCAUGCCCAUGGCAUUAAUUUUCAUAUAAUAAUUAUGACAUUGUUAUAAUAAUAAUUGC